UGCUCAGUAUCAACUACGUUCAUACUCUUGAAUUGAUUACAUUUUUUUGAAAGCCUCGAUUAUUGCUGAAUACAUAAUGUUAAAACAACCAACCGACAUAAUUGUUACAAGAGCAAUCGUAUCAGGACCACAAGGUCAUUUUCCUUACUCUUCCUGUUAUUAUUUUUUGCCUGCAUCUGUUUGUUUUCUCAUGAUAUGCAAGUUUGUUGGCGUCUUACAGUGCAGUAUUUUCUUUCGGUUUUUUACUAUGACAAUACAAAAAUGAUGCAGUGACGAUACUUUCACGGGCAAAUUGUAACAGACCAUAUGUCAGUUGUUUCAUUUUCCCACGAUUGAUUUUGUUUUUAAAUAUAAAAGUGACUUGAUGUAUUAUAUUCUUCAUACAAAUAUUUGAAAUGAAUUCUCUUCUAAUUUUAUUGGUUUUAAUCAGCUCUGCUGUUGUCUGCAAUGCAAAAUGGACCGAUGCAACACAACCUGCUGCUAGUUUAUUUACGUCUGCCAAACAUGUCUGUGGAGGUACGUCUCCAUUAACUCGCGAAUCAGCCGAUACACUUAUGGCGUGGGCAGCUCAAUACAAUUGGAACGUCAAUUGGUUCGGAGUUUUACCUUAA